AUGGGUUUCGCCCUUGUUGUCGUUGACAAGAAAGACGGCACCAUCAGAUUUUGUGUUGACCUCCGGGAGCCUUACAAGGUUAUUGUACCAGACAGCUUCCCGUUGCCUUAUACAGAGGAACUCCUUCAUGCCUUGGUAGGCGCGACACACUUCUCAAAACUUGACUUGGCUUCUGCCUACCAUCAGGUUCUUUUGCACCCUGACAGCAGGGACCUGACAGCCUUCAUCACGCAUGAAGGACUUUUUCGGUUCAAGAGAGUUUGCUUUGGGUUAGCUUCUGCCCCAGCGGCAUUUCAUAAGAUGAUGGCCACAAUUCUGGAUGGCUGCCCUAGUGUGUUGUUCUACAUUGAUGACGUCAUAGUCUUUGGGAAAAGUGCAGAACAUCUUUUGAACCUAACAAAGGUCUUGCAGAACAUCAAGCACGCCGGCCUGAAAUUGAACGACAAAUGCCUCUUCGACGUUCCAGAACUUUCUUUCCUAGGGCAUAAGGUCACUGCACAAAGUAUCUCGCCGCUUCCAGAGAAAGUAGACUUGGUAGUUAACACUCCAGUGCCAACAGAUGUUGCUGCCCUCCGUUCAUUCCUGGGUCUUGUAGAAUACUAUUCCAAGUUUGUUCCCCGCUUGGCCCAGGUGGUCGAGCCUAUGCGCGUUUUGCUUCGCAAGAAUGAGCCAUUCAUCUGGUCAGCCGAAGCAGACAGCAGUUUCCGGAGGGUCAAGGAAAUGCUUUCUCCAAGUACAGUUCUCCACAUGUUCGAUCCGCCACUUCCAGUCAUCGUGUCGACCGACGCUUCUGACUGUGGGCUGGGAGCAGUUCUGCAGCAGCAAAACGGCCAUGAGCUCCACACAGAAGAAUUCAAGCAAGCCAUCCUCAACGAUGGUUUUCUGCAAACGGUCAAGUCGUUCGUGCUCGGUUCUUGGCCACCACAAAAGUCCAUACCAGAGGAGGCAAAACCUUUCUACUCUGUGCGCGAAGAACUUUCUGUUGUUGAUGACCUUCUACUGCGCGCAGAACGCCUUGUUGUUCCGUCCUCACUCACGGCUCAGUUCAUCGCCGAUGCCCACGAGGCACAUUCGGGCAUCACUCGCACAAAGGCGCGACUUUGUGAGCUAUUCUGGUGGCCACGGAUGGACAAGCAAACUGAAUCCGCCGUGAAAAACUGUCACAUCUGCCUGGAGGCAGAUAAGUCUGCCAAAACAUCACCAGCGCCAUUGCAGCCUAUUGACUGGCCUGAAAGGCCAUGGCAGAAACUGGGCCUAGACAUUGUUGGCCCAUUGGAACAUGCACCUCACAAUAGCCAAUUUGCUAUAACACUGGUCGAUUACCAUUCCAAAUGGCCAGAGAUAUAUUUCUGCAGCGAAGUGGCCACAAGCACCGUGAAAGACUUCUUAACCAGUGUUUUUGCCCGUGAAGGAUACCCGGAAGAGAUUGUUUGCGACAAUGGGCCGCAGUUCACUUCACGUGAAUUUGUAACCUUUCUUCAAAACCGAGCCAUCAAGCUGUCUCAUUCGUCUGUAUAUUACCCCCAGGCGAAUGGGCAAGUCGAGAGGUUCAAUCGAACUCUGAAGAACUUCAUCCAGGUUUCACUCCUCGAAAGGAGACCGAUCCGACAAGCAGUUACGGACUACCUCUCUAUUUACCGCUGUACUCCACAGGCUACCACUGGAGUUGUCCCAGCAGUUCUGCUGCAUGGGCGAAUGCCCCGAACCAGAUUGGACGUUGUAGGGUUUUCGGCACCAGCGUUUGCAAAAGACCCAGCAAAGGAACUGGCGCGACUGCGCCAAAGGGUCCGGCUUCAACAGCAAAGCAGUAAGGAGUACACGGACCGCAGGAGAGCUGCUAAGAAGCCAAAGAUAGCUGUGGGUGAUUUCGCUCGUAUCAAGAAGCCGUCCGUUCGCUUCAAGGGGAAUCGCUCUUUUUGCUCUCCAACUGAGGUGUUGGGGAAGAGGGGACCUGCCUCUUUCCGACUUGCAGACGGCCGCACACGGAACGCCUCCAAGCUUUCCCGGUUUCCUGAGAGGGGCACGAGUCCACCAUACCAACGUUCGGAGCUACCUGCGCCACAGCUUCCGGUUCAAGUGCCGCAGCCUGCCCUGCCGCCGCCGCCUUCUCCCGGGUCGCAGCCGCCGCCUCCGGGCGUACUGCAGUCUGCCGUACCGCAGUCGCCUGCUCCUGAUCCGCAGCUGCCUGUACCGGAGCCUGCCAUGCUGCAGCCGCCUUCUCCUGGGCCGCAAUCGCGGUCUCCUGGCGUACUACAGAGCUCUACAAGCUCAUUACCAUCUCCGGCCGUGCAGCAUCUCCGUCGGCCGUCCCGAGAGCGCCGGCCACCGGUCUGGCUCAAGGACUAUCAGACCCACUAG